AUGGCGAUAUUUCUUCGACAAUUGGCUCGAAGAGCAGGGAUACAUAUCAAGAUGGAGCAAUCCUUCCUCGAGUACCCCGUACGCGACGACGGUGACGCCUUUGUGCACGAGUUUGGCAAGAUCCUAUCCUUCAGGAACGACACCCGCGCUCUUGCGGCAAAGAUUCUCUACUUGCUUAAGGAGAAAUUCGCGCUUCCUUUCGAUCCGAGAAAAGCAAUCAACUCCAAUGCUUACUUCGGGGCACAUCUACGGCUGGAGAAGGAUGCCACGUCUGCCUGGGGGCCCGAUGAAUGGCGGUUCUCGCGGAUGGACGACCAAUUCGAAGAACAAUUCCGCUAUCUCGAGCGCACGGGUCUGAACGUCGUCUAUGUGGCAUCUGGGAAUCAGACUGUGGUCGACAUUUUCGCCGAAAGACUCAACAAGUAUCUCUCAAUAGAGACUGGUACGCCGAGGAGGAAUAUUACGGUGGUGACCAAAAACGACCUGCUUCUCGGGGCCGACCGCGAGCAACUUGAUGCCCUUACAUUUGAUCAGCAUGCCCUGGUGGAUUUCCUGGUCAUGUUCAGAGCGAGUGCAUUCAUGGGCGUCGCUCAUUCCAGUUUCCCGUGGACAAUUGCCCUACGGCGGCACGAGCUGAGUAAAUAUUCGAAAUUCGGCAACGAAGGCUCAGAUCUUCUGAGAGACGAGUACAGCAUUAUUAUGGGUAUGGAGGCCGACUAUCCAUAUGUCGACCCCUUUGUGUAUGGCCUGUGGCCAUAA